AUGAGAAGUCCCGGACAAAAGACGCUCAUCAUGUUCAAACCCUCCUGGACACCUUACAAGAGCUGGUUGUGCAUGAGAUCCAAGAAUUGGGAAGCUCAAGAAUGCGCUUACGAAGCCGACGUUGCCAAUGCUAGCGUCUGUUCCACUAGUGACAUUGUUAUGUCGGUGGACAACGACAUCCUGGCAUAUGGUAAUAUAACGACCGCCCGACGGCCCGUGUCCAGGCAUAAAAGCUUCAUUUAUCACGUCCCAACCAUGUUAAGUCAGUUGAAUAUCUCAAAAGGACAGUUGGCUGCGCUGUGCAUUGUCUCAAAAAAUGACUACAAUUGUAACAUCGCACGAAUGGGGCUUAAAACAAACUUCAAGGUCAUCAAAUCGCUUCAAGCAGAGGAUCCUAAAGAAUCGGUUAAACAUCAUCUCAAUCAUCCAGAUGUUACUAGCAAGAAUGAAACUUAUGAACGCUUCACAACUGCCAUAAAGGUUUUUAUCAAUAGAAGACAGCGCUCUCAGGCUGCUUAA